AUGGCAAACAUCUCUCGCCAAGAUGUCGAACGUCUGUUUCAACAAAAAUUAGCUGAACUUAAUCACAUGGAAAUUACGUUAAAGGAAGAGUUUACUCCAAUGAUUGAUGCCGUUUUUGAAUUUUGUAUUUAUUCGAAAUAUACACAAACGCAAUACUCACAUAUUAUUCAAUUAAUCGAUCGUUUAUCCAAAGGCGCAAUUAGAUCCGCAAUUAGUCGAGGACUAAGCUCAAUCAUUAGUCAUGCACUCACCUUCGACACUAUUCGAGCUACGUAUGCAGCUAUGGAAACUGUUUUAAAAUGGUUAGAUAACACAAAUGAACAAGAUCCAGACAAAAUCGGUUAUAUUAUUGAUGAAUACAUUCGUUAUUACUCGUUUUUUUAUGGUGAAAACUUCUUUUCCGAAGAUGCAUCUAUACUGAAACAACUUGAAUCGGAUUUGGCGUUCCAAAAAUAUCACAAAUAA